AUGGCCAUGGCACUGAAACGAGCGUUGACGGCGCAUGGAGAAGAUGACGUGGCACGUCAACGGAUGUGCCACGUCGUCCACACGGCAACGACACAUACCUUCAUCGCCGUCCAUAAUGGUGCAGCCUCGUCGGAGUCGAAACUCGGCAGUCGAGCUGAUCAACCUCACGCGCUCCAUCAAUCGUGCAACAGGGGAUGGUGGAUCGACGCGAAAGAGGAGUGGGGUGCAUUUGAGAUGAGGGAGUGGAGGAAGGAGGGUGAAGCGGUUGCGAGGGAAGGCGCUAGCGCUUCAAACAAGAGAUUCUUUUGGCUUUUGUUUCACGUAGUUUAUAAUGUAUAG